AGAAAGUGGAAGGCCAUAGCGUCCUCUGUUGGAGCCUUUGUCUUCAACUAAGCAAUGAUAAUUAUAAAAAGAAAGAAAAAAAUUACAGAAAAGUCUCUAACGUCUCCAUUCUCCACCCUCUUAUCUGUAGAACGAAAGCAACAGAACCAAUCCACUAGAAUCCAAGCAUCCACCAUUGUCUCUUCUGUUCCAGAAUUCCUGCAUCGCGAUAGAUAGGUAGAGAUAGAUUGAUUGAUUAGAUUGAGAUUGAGAGAGAAAGAGAGAUAGGAAGAAGAUCACGUAACCAGGUAAGCAAUCACCAGCGUCACAAAAAAUGUUGCUACGGAACUCAAUAGCCAAGACGAAGAGGUUCUUCCACAAGAACUUCGAAAGCUUUAAGUCCUUCCUGUCUGGUGGGUACGAGAGGCUACCCAAGACCCCUCCUUUCAACCCCUGUUCUUGUACUGGUACUACUCGUGGAGAUCCCAAUUCCUUUCAAAGCUUCAGAGAACUUGAUAAUUUCUACAGAGAUUUCUCCAACCGAUGGGAUUCUUCCGAUCCAGACAAAGCUAAGCAGAGAAACAAGAAGAAUUCAGUACCACCGGCGAUGUCGAAGAAACAAGAAGAAAUCACCACCGAAAGCUUCUUGAAGUUCGGAAGAAAGCAGAGCCCAGAAAAGGUCAGACAUGAGGAACAGAGAAGAACAGAGACUGGGCAAGAAAAGAGGAAAGCCCAUAGCCAUAGAGGUGGAGGAGAAGUAGCUUCUCACACUCAAAGUGAGAGGAAUGUGAGAGAGAAAGGGGGUCAGUUAGUGGUGGUUCAGAAGCUGAAGGAGCUGGAGAUGAUGGACGCAAGCGACAUGGAACAUGUGUUGGACAUAGAAGAAGUUCUCCACUACUAUUCUCGCCUCACCUGCCCUGCUUACCUCGACAUUGUUGAAAAGUUCUUCAUGGAUAUGUACUCUGAAUUCUUCCUUCCUCAGCCCUCUUCGGCUUCGUCGUCCUCCGCUAAUAACAACUUCUCUCGCAGUCACAAAUUCUGAUGGAUGCCCCCAUUCAAUUGUUGGCUUCUCUAAUUUCAUUUGAGUGAGUCAUUUUGGGCCUCAUUCAAAACCCUUUAUUUAUUUUUCUUUCAUAUUUUGAAAAUCUUUUAGUCCAGAAUCCAGAUUGAGACUUGGAUUACUAGGUCUAGGCCAUGAUUGUUUUGAGAUGGGCUGUGGGAGGUUCAGAGAUAUAUGCGGUUCCACUUACAGGAAGGAACCAUGGAUGUAGCUUUUUUGUGUCUUUCUGCUUGAGGUGCCUAUAAGGCUGAAACCUGAAUUGGAUUGUGGUUUUAUCUUUCUGAUUUCAACAAAA